CUUGAUUAAGAACUAGUAGUUAUAAGCCAACUCCCUCCUCCGUUAAUUAUACACGAAGUUGUUCUCCAAAAUGUCUAGUCUUUUUCUGGUGUAAAUCGUCCGCUGGCAAAUUUCCGUCCAAGCAUUUGGGGAGAUCAUUUCAUCUCUUAUGGUAGCAAGUCCAUGGAGAUUACCUCUGAGACCUUGGAGGAAGUUCAAAGGCUGAAGGAAAAAGUGCACAACAUGCUGAUGGCUCCUGUCGAUAACAUAUCACAAAAGCUGGAGCUGAUUGAUGCCAUCCAACGGUUAGGCGUCUCUUACCAUUUUGAAAGGGAGAUCGAUGACAUACUCCAACAAAUUCACAACAAUGAUGACAACAAUGUAGACUCUCAUGACGACCUCUACACUAUUUCUCUCCGUUUUCGCUUACUGAGGCAGCAGGGUUAUAACACUCCGAGUGAUGUUUUCAGCAAGUUUAAGGACAGUGAAGGCCGGAACUUCAAGGAAUCAAUUAUUCACGAUGUGCGAGGUAUUUUAAGCCUGUAUGAAGCUUCGCAUAUGAGGGUGCAUGGAGAAGAUAUACUUGAUGAAGCACUUCAUUUUACUACAACGCAACUCGAGUCGAUGGUGAGUAAUUUAAACCCUUCUGUCGCUGCACAAGUGCGUCGUGCCUUAGAGCGUCCUCUUCGAAAAUGGUUGCCAAGGUUAGAGGCGAGACACUAUUUUUCUACCUACCCAGAAACUGCGUCAUUUAAUGAAGUUGUUCUCAACUUCGCUAAGUUGGAUUUUAACAUACUAAAACGGCUACACCAGAAGGAAGUUUCCGAGCUCUCGAGGUGGUGGAAAGAAUAUUUAGGGGUCCAGGAAAAGAUAUCAUAUGUCCGAGAUAGAGUGGUGGAGUUGUACUUCAUGUGGAUUUUGGGAACGUACUUUGAACCCCAAUAUUCUCAUGGGCGGAUGAUGCUUGGCAAAGUGGUUUGCUUGGUCUCAAUUAUUGAUGAUACAUAUGAUGCCUAUGGUACCAUUGAAGAGCUUAAACUCUUUACAGAUGCAGUUUUAAGGUGGGAUAACUGCUGCAUAGAGCAACUCCCAGAGUACAUGAAAUCUAUCUAUAAAGCAAUCUUGGAUCUCACUAAGGAAAUUGAGGAAGAGAUGUCCAAGGAAGGAAGGAUAUACGCCCCUUACUAUACAAAGGAAGCAUUCAAAACCGUAGCUCAAGCCUACUUUGUUGAAGCCAAAUGGAUGAAGGAAAAAUAUAUACCGACGGUGGAGGAGUACAUGAGUAAUGCCCUAGUAAGCGGUGGUUACGGUGCAGUUACAACCUUAUCUUUUCUUGGCAUGCGAGAUGCAACAAAGGAGGCUUCGAUUGGUCUUGCAGUAACCCUAAGAUUGUUAGAGCAGCAGAAACGAUAUGCAGACUCAUGGAUGACCUUGUCUCUUCUGAGAAUAUCAAUUUAA